GACGGGGAGCGUUGCUAGGGCGGCGGCGCAUGCGCGCAGGGGCGGGGCGGGGCGGGCUCGCCGUGAGGAGAGCCGGGGCGGGCGGGUAGCGGCCAUGGAGCCCCGGGAGGAGCGGGUUCUUCCCAUUGCAACAACUCCACCACAUCAUGGCUGGGAGGAGGAAGCCUUAAGCCACAGCAGUAGUGAAACCCAGGUAUCAGCUACCAGUGGGAUGUCCCUUGGAGAAGCAAUACGUCGGGAAACAGCCAUUAAAUGGGGAAUUGAGUCAUGGUAUCGGCUCCCUGCAGAAGUGGAUGUCAGCCGAUUGACUGCUGCCUCAGAGACCAAGCUUGGCCUGACUGGUGAUAGAAACGACCUGACAGAGUUCCCUACCCUGGAGGAAGGAGUGUUGGCUUCAGCAGAAGCAUCUAGAAGGCAGUCUCCUGGAGAUGCAGCACAUGGCUUACAACUGGAUACUCCGGGCACUCAGUUCUCUCCCUGUCUUCCACGGCUGACAUAUUUAACACAAGGCCAAAGAUGCUCAGGUGUGACGCUUCUCCAGCAAUCAGAAAUGGAUUUUAUUCCCUUAAGAGGAGUCCCUGAUGUUUCUGGUGUGUCUGAGGAGCAUUUAAAGCCGUCCUACAUCCGUGAAACUCAGUCACUGAUGGACACAGAAUCCCCCUCCAAUGCACCCAGUGACUGCUUUCCUCUAUCACAGCAUCCUCUUCCACUUGAACACAUGGAGCCUCAUGAUGCCAGUCUUGGUGGUGGUUUGGCUCAGGAAACCUCUUCUUCUGGACAAGCACCUGUGAGCAAGGAGGCAGAUGAAGACUUUAAACCUGGUACUCACGAGGAGGCACUGAUCCCCCAAACAAGUGCCAGUUUAGCAAACUCCACUUCAAAGGUGAUGCCAACAGAGGCAAAUAGACUGCACCAAAUGGCAGCUUCUCUUGCAGAGCAGAUCUGUAGUAUCGCUGUAAAAGAUGAACAUUUCUCCCAUGACAGCAGUGUAGCAGCUAUUGGUUCUGAGCUUGCAGAGAAAGAAAAAGGGUUACUGAGGAAUAAUGAGUUCUCAUCUUCAGAAAGCUCCUCUUGUAAAACAGCACUGACAAAGGACUCGGAAAAGAAUGAGAGAGAGAUGCAAAAGGAAGAGGUAAAAAGGGCUGAGAGUGAGUCAGAAGGGUGCAUGAGGCAGCUGCACAAAGAGGAGAAGGUUCCUGAGCUGAAUUUAUCUGAUAAUGUGAGGAAAGACAGUUGUAAAAAUUCAGAUGCUCAACAUGUUUGUUCUGCAAAGGCUUCUGAAGCAGGCAAAGAAAUGUCAAAGGAAAAUGGAAUGGAUUUAAAUGGCUCUGAAAGCUUGAAGUUAGUGGCUGUUACUGAGGAGCUCCAGGGAGCUUUCCUAGAUCAUCAGCAGAAGCAGCCAUCUCCUGCAGUGAGGUUUGAGAAAGAGGAGUUUAUCCCUGCUGUGACAAACACCAGUGAUUGUGCACCUAAACAACUGGUUGUGACUGACACGGGAGCUCCUUCCCCACUCAGUGAGGAUGCCUCAGUGGAAGCAGAACCUGGAGGAAGCAGGAGUGCAUUAACUAUCUCAGACUUCUCCAUAGAAAGGGGCCAUAAAGUAACAGGCAUUUCCCCUUCCUUUAACCUUGUGAGUGAUGGCUCAUUCUCUGUCCACCUUCCUCAUCCAAGCUAUCAAUCUACUCCAGGGAUACUUCUGAAGAAAAAAAUGAAGGCAGAACUUGGUGCCCUUAUGGUCAAAUCAGAUAUUCAGGCGUCUUCCUGCUUAAAUGAAGAAACUUCAGAGAACUCCUCUGCUGUCACACCUGCAUCUGAUGAGAAGCAACAGUCCCUCCAGUGUGCUCAGAAAGCAAGCAGUGAACAUUUGGAGUCCUUAAAACUGACACGUCCCCACACUGGAAGGAUUCAGGCUCUCCCACCACUUAGUUUCAUGGAGAAGGUAGGGGCUUGGAACAUGAGCCAGCCAGAGGAAGCAUCUGGUGUGGUGACUUCAUGUGAAGUUUCUCCAGGUGGAAUUUCUCCCAGGAGAGCCUUCAGUGCCAUUGCCAGUUCUUCAAACAAGAUGUUAUCAAUGCAACGAAGUGAUGGAGACCCCAAAGAUGAUGUUGCUGCUUCCUCCAGAGUGACAGGUUCCUUGGAAAGUUUGCAUUUCCACACUAAAAACCUACUCCUUGCUUACCCUCUCACCAGGUCUCAGUCUGACAGCACAGUAAAUGUUUCCAGUAGGAAUGCAUCCUUGGUUGAAGUUCCCCUUCCAGCAGACUCAACAGAGGCAGUGCAGCCUCUAGAAGACAAAAGUAAUGUUUCAGGAGUGUCUGAAAACAGUUUAGGGAGCUCCAUGAUCCAAAAGAUUACAGCUGCCAUGGUUGCUGGAUCUAGCAGUAAAGAUGCACAAGAUAACAGUACAGGACAAAGCUCAGAGCCGGAUGUUCUUGUUUCCAGUGAAGGAGUUGCUCAGCUCCUUAGAGACGAUGGUAACUCUUCAGCUGAUGACCAGAAGAACUGUGAUGCUCUGGAAAAUCAGUCUCACAACUUCAGUAUUCCUGCUGGCCAUGUCAGUGUGGACAAUCUGGGUGAUACUUCUCCUGAUAGCUUGAAUCUUCCCAUUAGUUCUGGGGAAGGUAGACCCAGGGGUUUGGGCUCUGCAAGGAGCUCUUCAGGGGUUUCCAGGCACUUCUUCACCAGUGCAGAAAAUAACUUCAUCCCUGUUGGAGCAACUUUGGAAACUCCUGAGGAAGAAGAGCUUAAUAUUGAGGAAAGGAUCCCACUAUAUCUUCAGAACCUUGGCAUUGAUCAGUCACCUGGAACCAUACUGAGGCCAUUUGUGCCCCGAGGGCCCAUCAGGGAAGUUGAAUUUUCCCCUUCAGAGCUUAGAACACUGAAGGACUCCACUGACACACUGGCAUGGUCAGCUCCACAGCCACAAGGUAAAUUGCUGUCAGCAGCUGAAAUCACUCAGACAAGUUUCAGCUUCGGCACACCUGCUCUCAGUGUGUCUGUACCAAUGCAUCCAGAGGUUGGCUUUGAUGCUCUGUCACCCCAUGAACUCUCUCCCUGCUUUUCAGGGUCUCUUGGAGACAACCCAGUGAGUCAGUGCACUGGUUCAUGCCAUCAUCUGGAGACUACAGCUCCCGAGGCAGAGUCUUCAGCUGUCUCCAAAGCAGCGGAAGCAAAGCAGGAGCUGCAGAGUGUUUCACCUCACUGCCAUGCUGACAGGGAGAGUCCCAGCCUUGCUGCCAAGAGCGUUCAGGAUCUGCUAGCUAAAAAUGAGUCCAAAGAUGCAUACAGCAGCCCGCAGAGAUGGGCUGCCGGUGCUUUGGCUGCAGUUAAAGGCGAAGUGGAAGUUGACAGAGGAUCACAAACAUCAAGUGUAGGUAAUAAGAGAAAUAAGGAUCAAGAAAGUUGUCAUUUGAUGGGAUCUGCUGCAUUUCAAGAAAUACAGAAGCUUUUGGCAGAGGCAGAGGAUAUAGCUGGCAGGUGGAGUGAGCCUGUCUUCUCCAUUGCCUCUUGUAGAGAAACUGGUGAGUCUUCCCCAGUGCUCAAUAGAAAGGAGGUUGGCUCUGAAGAUUCUAGGGUAGGGAAAGACAGAAUCCCUGAGUUCCACAAGAUACUGUCUCAGGAUGAGGCUAUGACCCAAAGAAGUAGUCAAGAAGAGGGGUUGGUAAUAAACCCUCUGCAUUAUAACACAUGCAGUUUAAGAUGGGAAAACUCUUUUGAUGUCAGUUUGCACAGUAGUGAAGGGGUGAUGAAGGAAAUGACCACAAUGCUUAAGACUGGAAAAUCUGUAGGAAGAUCUGAGCCAGAAGGCUGUAGCAGUGUAACUACAGACAGAAACCAGCCUGGGUUUGUGGGUCUUGCACAAAGCAGUGGAAGCAGUGAAGACAGCACUGGAACAACUUCAGAAUCAGGGAAUCCUUCUUCCUCAGAGCCCCAGGGCAGUGUCACUGAUGCCCCAGGAGGAUUCCAGAGCACCUUGUCUAAUGCUGGUGUAGCUGGAAGCAAGGCAGGAGGCACACGAGGGAGUGAGGACAGCAGCAGUGGAGAUUCACUAGCUGCCCGUGUCAGAAACCUCCUGAUGAGGAAUCCUCCUUCCUCGGAGCCUUUAGGCAGCACCACCAGUGUCCCAGGAGGCUUCCAGAGCACGUUGUCCAGUGCUGGUACAUCUGGAAGGAAGACAGGAGGCAUGAGGGAGAGUGCCAGCAGCAGCAGUGGAGAUUCCCUAGCCGCCCAUGUCAAAAACCUCCUGAGGAAUGGAUCACCUCUGACACAAGUUGUGACGAGCGCAGAUGAAGAGGAGAGGAAAGCACGAGCCUGGGUGAAGCUAAAACUGGCCAGUCGAUCUCAGGAGUCCGUGUCAGACCUGAACCAAGAGGACCAGCAAAGGAUCCAGGAAAUAAAGGCAGAGCUGCUUCGGAGUGCCAGGAAAUCUGCACGUGCCAAGGCUCCACGGGUCUGUGGUUUGGAAGCUGCUUCUGAGUACAGUCGUAAUGGAGAACAGGACAUUGAGCAUUUCAAAGUUCCAAGUGACAGAAGAUUUCAGACUGACAAGCACAGGCAAUCCAUCGGGACUGAGGAGCUUUUAGAGUCAAGCUUGACGCAAGCUGUGCCAUUACAUCAAGCUGAUCCUUCUGAUUGUUGCCUGCUGAAGGAUACACACAUUAAAUCCUUGAGGAUUGUUCAAACGCCUAUCUGCAACCCACAUCAAACAGGUCCAACUGGUCAUUCUGCUGCUGAACUUCACCCACCAUUGCAGAUGGGAGGGGACACGUGUGCAAUGAGGUCUGCAGCUGCUUUUGAUGCCCAAACAGAAGCCCAUUUGCUGUCUCAGAAGAAGCUGUUGAUGGAGAAGUGUUCUGAAGAUCUGGCCAAGCAAAUCACUUCUAUCACCUUUUCAUCCCGAAAACGUUUGCAGUCACCAUUGACUUCCAUGGCACUCAACAGUAGCUUUACUAGAGAUGGUUUUGAUGGGAUAAUGCCUUUGGAGGUUGACUGUGCUAGCACUGAGGAGCACAGCCAUGACAAACAACACUGGGAGAGAUCAAAGACCUCUCCUUCAAGCCCAGUGCUUGCUGGCUCAGUGUCUAGUAAGAUUGCUUAUACUGCUGAGAAAGACAGGUUUCAUCAUGUCUCUGCUGACAGUAACAGUGUUGGAGCUCAUCAAGAGACAGACUGUUUGUCAGAUCAGGAUUCUGAAAGCAUCCAUAUUGAUAAAAGACAGACCCUUAGUGCAAAGAAUUCUGAUGUUCUGCCUCGAGAUGUGACUGACUCGGGCAGGCAAAGUGCCAGACUCCUGGGGCUUGGCUGUGAGAGGAGGUUUGGUCAAGAAAUGAAUAGAUUUAGUGAACCACAUUCCAUAAGCUCUUACCAGGAGGAGAAAAGCAGCCCAGCUGGCCAUGUCCAGUUCUAUGAGAGCUUGAAAGGUUCAGGUCCAGCUCUACAAACUGACCUGAUGAAGGGCCAUGUUAAACUGUCAGCAGAAGAGAAGAACAGUCCUUCUGAUGAAGUACCCCUCAUUCAGAAAGUGAGAGACGCAGUCGAUGCAUCUCACCACUCAUCUACAGAUCCCUGCCUCAUCCUCUCCUCUGUCACCAGCACAGCAGGGCAAGAGCUGCCUCCACAGAGCAGUGAGAGACCACAGGUUCCUGGUUCAGGGCGAUGUAGUGUGAAGAAUACCUUCAACUCUGUAGCUCCUGCAAGCACUGUGAAAAGCACUUCUGAUGCUGCCACUCAGAUAACAACAGAGAGUCCUGUAAAAACCACCUUUUCAGCAGAGAUUUAUGUUAAUUCACAAGACAGUGGAAAUGAUGUUCACCAACCACCUCUCCAGAAAGCACAUGAGCUUCCCAACAACACAGCUUCAUCUCUUGACAAGGUGUCCUCUUUCACAAAGCAGGGUGAUCAGCCCUUAUUGCUGCCAUAUAAACCUUCUGGAAGCACUGGGAUGUAUUAUGUUCCUUAUCUAAAGGCAGUAUCCAAAAUGUCUCCAGUUGGAUCAGAAACCAGUGUGGAGAGCUCUCACUCAGGGUCAAAUGAUGUUCUUCCUCCAAGAUUUCAGGCAAAUCUGCUUGGUUUAAGGCAUGAUAACCCUCCUGACAUUACGGCUCUCAAGCAUCAAGAAGGAAUCUCCAGUAAGAGGGCCAAGCCCAAGUUAGCCUGGGCUGAGGACCAAAUGAUGCCACCAGAUGCUCCCCCAGAACACACAGAGACUGUGAAAACCUCUCAUGCAGCCUCCAAAUCUGCACGGUUCUACCUUCACCAUCCAGUGCCCUCCUGUGAAAGCUACAUCCUGUCUAACAGUGAGCUGUCAGAAGCCAGUUCUGGUGCUGGACCUGCCAGACCUUCCUCAAGUGCUGUCCUGCAGAACAGGAGGAAACCACAUGGUCAUCAGUGUGUUUUCUCUGCUCGUCAUAAAAAAGAUGGUGAAAGUGAAUUCUUUCCACUCACUGCAGAAGCAGAUAACAGCAGGAAUGAGGAUCUAGACAUCAGCACAUCUUUGGGGAAUGAAACAUCAUGGAAGGAGCUCCUUCACCGCAGUAGAAGAGAAGCAGAACAAAAAGCAGCUAGAACUCACCCUUUGCCACGUAGCCAAACAACUCACCUCAAUGAGGAUGAGGAGAACGACCUGGCACAGAGACAGAGAACCCACUCUCAUGGUAGCUUGGAUGAACUCUGGGUUAAGUUUUUGGAGUGCCAGAAGAGACACCAGCACCAUAGUUCUAGGAGUAACGGUGAGCUGACUCUUGUGGAACGCCUUGAUCGACUGGCCAGGGUCCUUCAGAAUCCCCUUAGGCACACACUGAUCCCAACAACCUCUCACAAGAGUGUUUCUGUACAGAGAAUGAAGGGAAGAGAACAGGAGAAAAGAAGAGUGCCAGAAAAAAGCAUGUCUGAAAGUACCUCGGAGCCUGAUGCAACACAUGUUGAAGGAAGACCACGCAUCACCCAUGGCAAAAAUAGCUUUGUUGAGCUGAGGAAAAACAGGUCAGGAGAGAAAAUCAUCUGCCACAUGAAGAACAUUUUGGAGCAGCAGUACUUGGAAACUCCAAGCGACACCUCCUCAGAGGCAAGGCUUAGUGGAGAUCAUGGCACCACGAUCACUUCCACCACCUCAGAGUCAGAUACAGUGACCCAGACAGAGAUGGAAACUGUCACUCAGACUGAGGUGAGCAGUUCCAUUUCCACCAUCGACACUGCCAGGCUGAUCCGGGCUUUUGGCCGUGAAAGAGUUGAGGUGUCCCCAAGGCUCUCCCAGCUUUAUCAUACCAUCAACCACCAGAGAACUCGCUCUGAAAAGUGGGACAAGGGCAAAGCAGUGGGUGUGGAGUAUCCAAAGGUGACUUCUGAGAGGCACAAGAAGAGGAAAGAGAUGCAGACUGCCAUCUCCCUUUCAUCAGAUUCAACUUCUAUAAGCAGCACGUGGGGACCCAGCUCUGCUCUUAGUAACAAGCGGCGGACGCGGAUGCUCAACAAAGGUAUCCAAGCAGGAGACUUGGAGAUCGUCAGCAGCGCGACCAAGAAGAACACUCGAGAUGUUGGGGUGACUUUUCCUACCCCAAGAUUAAACCAGCCAAAAGAACAGCCACAGGAACCCUGGCGCUGUGUUGAUGGUAAUUUGGGAGAGUCAGAUGGUGCAGUCAUGGCUCAGCAGGCAGCAGGGAGCAAGGGGAAGCAGAAGGGAGAGCCAGGCAAUGUUUUCAUGGAGAAAAGGACAAAAAGGAGCAGGCUGCAGGUACCACAAGGGAUUUCAUGGUUUGUCCAGGCAGGAGACUUGAAAUCUGAAUCUAGGAAAGAAAACCAUUCCAAUUGCUUUGCUGGUCCUGGUCCAUCUUGGUUUGAGCCAUUCACCAGCAUAAAGCCUUGGAGAGAGCCUCUCCGUGAGAAGAACUGGCAAGAGCAGCAGCACAGCGACAUGGUUCAGGCAGGAGUUCCAGGAGGAGAGCCUGAGAACAGGUCCACAUGGCCCUAUGUGAAGCUUACUUUGCAGGAGGCUCUUGCAGUGCAUCGCCCCGACUUCAUCUCCCGCUCUGGAGAGCGUGUGAAGCAUCUGAAGCUUGUCAUGGAGGAGAGGAAGAUACAGAGCGUGCUGCAGUCCCAACGAGAGGAGCUGUUUAACCCUCCAGAGAAAAGAAGGGGCUACAGGAAUGCAAGUGACAUGCUGUCUGACAGAGGUAUUGUCAUUAGAGAAAAGAGAAGAACAAUUCCAAGGAGUGAAAUGGUUCAGAGAUCUAAACGGAUCUAUGAGCAGCUGCCGGAGGUGCAGAAGAAGCGAGAGGAAGAGAAGAGGAAAAUGGAAUACAACUCCUACCGCCUGAAGGCCCAGCUUUACAAGACAAAGAUCACCAACCGUGUCUUGGGGAGGAAGGUGCCUUGGAACUGAUAGAGAUCUCUUCAAAUGAAGCUGUCUGCUGCUUGGUAACCUUGCAGCAGGCGGGAGAUUGCGAUGUGCCAGAGAUAAAGCAGUAAAUACGUGUGCAGAGGAUGCUGUGUGGUGUUCAGUUGUGCUGGUUUUGUACUAAUAUCAUCUCUCUGUAUUUAAGAAUCAGUGAUUUGAUGUGAAUGGCAGGUUUUAAAAUAAAGGACUGUUUUUAUAGUGA